UAACUCUCCAACGUUGUUUCAGUUUAAAAAAAAAAAAAAAAAGGCCCGCCAUUCCCGGCGUGUCCUCAAAGUGACAGGGCCCCCAGGACUUCCUGGUGCGUCGGCGAGCGGCACUGUUCUGCAAAUUGUGUGUGUGAGUGUGUGCUGGUGUGGGUGCGUGGUGUACAGUUCGGGUGUGAGAAUGUGAACUGAAGGUUCGGAGGAGUUGAAGGAACGCAAGAAAGCGCUCUGAAAGCGGGAGGUGCUCCUGGAGUCUGCAUUCCACAGGAGUGCAGCUGGAGAAGGGAGGACUUCUGCCGGGGCAGGACUUUAACUCAACUCUCAGCUACAUUUAGUUUCUGCCCAGAGACAGCCUCUCAGAGCCCGCCAUGUGUGGGAAGCUGAUAGAGAGGUACGUGGCUGCCAUGGUACUGAGUGCAGCUGGAGAUACCCUGGGGUACUACAAUGGAAAGUGGGAGUUCCUCCGGGAUGGAGAAAAGAUUCACCGGCAGCUGGCCCAGCUUGGGGGCUUGGACGCCAUAGACGUGGAGAGGUGGAGAGUCAGCGAUGACACAGUGAUGCACCUGGCUACAGCGGAAGCCCUCAUAGAGGCUGGGAAAGCUGGGGACUUGGCUCAACAGUAUUCCCUCCUUGCUAAGCAUUACCAAAACUGCAUGGAAGAUAUGGACGGCCGAGCGCCAGGUGGAGCCUCAGUGCAGAACGCCAUGCAGCUGGAGCCGCACAAGGCCAAUGGCUGGAGGAUUCCCUUCAACAACCACGAGGGUGGCUGUGGGGCUGCCAUGCGGGCCAUGUGCAUCGGUCUCAGGUUCCCUCACCAAAGCCAGAGGGACAUGUUGAUCCAAGUGAGCAUCGAGAGUGGCCGGAUGACCCACCACCACCCCACAGGCUACCUGGGUGCCCUUGUGUCUGCUCUUUUUACAGCCUAUGCUGUGAAUGGCAAACCACCCCAGGAAUGGGGAAAAGGUCUGAUGGAGGUGCUACCAGAAGCUAAAAAGUACAUUGUCCAAUCAGGCUACUUUGUGGAGGAGAAUCUUCAGCACUGGUCCUACUUCCAAGACCAAUGGGAAAAGUAUCUAAAACUCAGAGGGAUUCGGGAUGGCAGAUCAGCCCCUACCUUCCCGAAGUCCUUUGAUGUGAAAGAGAGAGAUCAGUUCUACACUUCUGUGAGCUACUCUGGUUGGGGCGGCAGUAGUGGGCACGAUGCCCCCAUGAUUGCCUAUGAUGCCAUCCUUGCUGCAGGUGACUCCUGGAAGGAGCUUGCCCAUCGAGCCUUUUUCCAUGGUGGAGACAGCGAUUCCACGGCUGCCAUUGCCGGCUGCUGGUGGGGAGUUAUGUAUGGUUUUAAAGGAGUGAGUCCUUCUAACUAUGAGAAACUAGAAUACAGAAACCGACUGGAAGAGACAGCGAGGGCUUUAUACUCUCUUGGUUCAAAGGAAGAUACUGUAAUUGCCCUCUAGGGACAUGUGGUGUUCGUUUCUGGUGGUUUCUUCUUUUGUGAGGAGCCGUCAUCCGUUUUCUGCUCUGUUUCUUUUCACUUUUUCUGAAGUCAAGUGUCAUAACCUUGGAUUCAAGGAAUUUUGAGGUCCCAAGUCUCUUGGGCACCUUAAACUCAAUAUUUCCAAACCCAUCCUUUUCUUCUCAACUCUAUCCCCCCCGCCUCCUUUUUUUUUAAAUACUAAAGAGGCAUUAUCUCAAUUGUUGGGGUCAGCAUCUCCCAAGCUAGCAAUCUCAUAGCUUCCUGCUUGACUCUUCAUAUUUAUCAUUUACUUUUUUACAGUUUUGCGUGUUCAUCUCAGGUUCCUCCCAAAGUGGACUCCUACACAAAGACUUGAGUGCAAGUAGCUUAUUUGGGAGGCAAUUCCAGGAAGCACUGGUAGAAUGCAGAAGUGAGACAGAAGGGAAGGGAGCCGGAACAGGGUGCAUUAAUGAGCAGGUUACCACCGUGGGCAACUGACCCAAUCUGUGUGAACUGAGGUGACUCACCUGAGGACAAGGAAACCUGGGGUAUUUAUUCACCAACUCCAUUCCCACAAGGAUCUUGGGUUGCUUCCAGGGAUGUUAACUCCUGGUACUUCUUGACCUACCUCUUGAGCAAGCCAAGCACAAAUGCCAAGGUACUUGUGGUGGCAAGCUGUAAGGUGCAUGGGAAGAGUGAGGGUCAUGGAUGGGGCCCAAACAGCAUCUGCUAGAGUAUUCUACCUUUCAAGUAUCCUUUAAACCUACUCACCUCUUUUACCCUCUUUCACUGAGUAUUUCUCUGCUGAAUUUCUACAAUCCAGGCUACUCAAGUCUGGGGAGAUACUUUCUGUACUUUCCUCAUUAUGGCAUUUAAUGUGUUACCAGUUUUGUUUUUGCCUUUUUGCUUGUCUGUAUUUGCCCUAGGCAGAACCUAGCAUAAUACCUGGGCACACUGUAUGUACUUCAUCACUAUGUAUUCGAUGAAUUGUUGUUAAUUAGCCUCCUUUCUAAGGAGCGCUGAUGACUCAAUGGUUAAGCACUCAGAUUCUAACUGAAAGGUUGGCAGUUUGAACCCACCCAGUGGCUCCACAAGAGAAAAACAUGGUAGUUGAUCUGUUCCCAUAAAGAUUACAGCCUAGGGGACCAUGGUCUCGGGGAACAUCUAGUUCAAUUGGCAUAACUUUGUAAAGAAAAUAUUCUACAUUCUACAUUGGUGAGUAGUGUCUUGGGUCUUAUAAGCCUGUGAGUGGCCACCUAGGAUACUCCACUGGUCUCACCUCUUCGGGAGCAAGUAAUAAUGAAGAAAACUAAAGGUAAAAGGGAAAGAUUAGUCCAAAGGACUAAUGGACCACAUCUACCACGGCCUCCACCAGACUGAGUCCAGUACAACUAGAUGGUGCCUGGCUACCACCACUGACUGCUCUGACAGGGAUCACAAUAGAGGGCCCUGGGCAGAGCUGGAGAAAAGUGUAGAAAAAAAUUCUAACUCAAAAAGAAAGACCAGACUUACUGGCCUUACAGAGACUGGAGAAACCCUGAGAAUAUGGCCCCCGGACACCCUUUUCAGUAAUGAAGUCACUCCUGAGGUUCACCCUUCAGCCAAAGAUUGGACAGGCCCAUAAUGGGACACACCAGCCCAGAGGCAAGGGCUAGUAGGCAGGAGGGAACAGAAAAGCUGGUAAUAGGGAAUCCAAGUUUGAGAAGGGAAAGUGUUGACAUGUCGUAGGGUUGUUAACCAAUGUCAUAAAACAAUACUUGUACUGUUUAAUGAGAAACUAGUUCUGUAAACCUUCAUCUAAGGUACAAUAAAAAUAAAGAUUACAGCCUAGAAAA